AUGUCUGCUAUAUUCCAUCACAAACCGGCCACGUCUGAAGAUACUCCCCUCAGGUCGGUGGUGGGCAUUGUCGACAAACUUCCUGGCCCCUUUACUACCGAUGCCUCCAGACCAACCCCAUGCGAAGGCCUGGCAUAUUACCUAUGCCCCAGUAAAGGGCAUGAUACUGUACAGGCGCCCGUCCAUAACGACGACUCCGUGAUUUCGUCGCUGCGCUUUACAUUCUUCGAGGGUCGUGUAGCCAACGGGGUUGUGUCUCCUACACAGCGACAAGUAGCCUGGGGACAUGGUAGCAUAUCAGUCCCGUUAGCGAACACACUGUUCAUAAAUGGCCGUAAAAGCACUCUUAUCGAGACAUUCUGGGCCAGGACAGCUUCCCAGCUCUCGCCAACCAAAACGUCGGACAUCAUUGAACUAGCUAUUCCGAUGUAUCGCUGCCCUGGGAAUUCGAUAAUCAAUUCCAUCCCACUUCAAAGGAUGACCUCUCCGCGCGAAGUGAGGUCUGCCAUGGGCAACAUUUUAGGGGAAAUUGAGAUCGCCGGCGUAACAGUACCAGCAUCGAAGGAACUUGAGGACGUGGUUAUGAAAACACCUCUGCAGACACAACCUGACGGCGGGCGGUCACCAGUAUUUGCCAGUAUUGCAUCUCCAAAUCGGCAACGAUCGGGCGAUUUCCCUGGACUUUAUCACCUCUGGUCAGGCACAGGUCUCCACCGGGUCACGGGCGGUGGUGGCGGCUGGGGACAGAAACAAGGACUUUUGUCUCUCGAACCCUUCCACGCCCUCUCGACACAUGUGCCGACACCUGGUGCAUCUACCGCGCCUGUGGACGCGCAUGAAGGGAGCCUCCCCCCCGUGUUUCAGAGAGAGGCAGAUCUUGUCUGCCCUGGUGAUCGAGUGACAUUCUGGCGAACAAAUACAGACCUUGAGAUCCAAGAAAACGGCAGCUUCCUCCGCUCAUAUCAAAAAUCUGGUUGGACCUCGAAAGACGGGCGACCGCGAAUCCUUAUGGGUUUGAUUCACCCACAGGAGGAAGUGCCUGGUGCAUCCGCAGGGCAAUCAUCGAAUGAUGCGCCUCAGGUUAAGAUUAUGCGUAACUGUUUCGGUCUGCUGUCAGAGCACGCCUUUGCGCUGCAAUUCAGUGGUAAGCGGCAGGUCUUACUCCGUAACAAUGAGGAGCAACCAGCUGCACUCAGAAGCGAGCCGGCAGAGAUCGAGGAGUUCACAAGUCAGUCUAAUUUUGAGGUGCCAAACGCAUAUUUCAGUACAGCCGUCGAUGGCUCCGGUCGUAAGGCGAAGAGAGAGACGGCCGAUUCAUCUUCGUCGCGCCCAGCGAGGAGCAAGGCGAGGAAGGAGGCACCACAAGGUAGGGGCUCUAUUGCAGAAAAGACAGAGCAAAGCCAUGAAGCUCCUAUGGGGAAGAACGACAUGACUCGCUCGACCGUGGUUAGGAAAAUUCUCAUCGACACAGCCGUUCCAACGUCAGGGACAACGGCUUCAUCCACAGCUUCCACCAAGUCGAACCUUGAGGACCGUGCGCAGGCGGACCGAAAAUUAAAGUCACACUGGAGGAGACCCCGCAACCUGGUCCGGAAAAUGAUGGUAGGGGAGAGGUCAGAUUCGGAGCAGCUGAAGAUGAGAGACUCUCACGUCAAGGCAGUCACGGAUAGAAUAGACGCCGGUGCCAGUACUGACGAUGCUACAAAGGUCUGA